AUGGCUCGGCCGGACUCCAAGGUGCACAAGCCGAGCAACGUCUAUGGUGACAAGCUCUCUCCUGCAGUGCUUGCGGUGCAGAUUGAGCUGCCGCCGCAUGGGAUGUUCAGGGGAAAUCUUCUACCGUGGAAAGAUCUGAGCAUAUGCCCGGAGGAGCGCUUAGACGAGUUGCAGGCCGCAGGGGCAGAAGAGUUGGGCAUCAACUCAGUACCAGAAGAAGAGCGACAGAGACUGCUGGCCGAAGUUUUUCGCCUCUGGCAGCGGAUGCCAGUUGGUUUGUUAUCUCCCGUCACAGAUCGUUGGCGGAAGCGUGACCUGCUGGGCAAACUGCCUCCUGCACCUGGCCAGGAUUCGUUGCCCCCGCUGCUUCAAGAGUGUUGCUGCUUUCUCACGCCGCGCAAGAAAAAGCAGGAGCCCAAAGACCUGUCUGCCACACCAGGUUCUCGGCCUGUUCAGGAGGACUUGGCUUCAACGAACAAGGCCGUGGAUCUCCCAGGCACUGUACCUCAGAGUCCGGAGGUACGGGAGCUCUUCCGUGAUAUGCCUGGAGUGCCUGCUAUCCCCUGUAUGUCUGGAGUGCCUCCAGUGCCGGUUCCUGCCGCUGAUGAUGAAGCCCUCCCAGCGGUGGAUGCAGCAGAGCUUGCAGCUGAUCCACCAGUGGGUGAAGCUAUGCCUGUGGUGGUAGAGGAGAACGCUGCUUCAGAGCCGGCGAUGGAUGUUGAUGACGAAGUGGGCCCGUUGCUGCCGUUGCCAGAGGAGAAAGAGGACCUGGAAACGCCACAAGCUGCUCCUGAGGUGCCUGAGGAGGAUGACAAGCACCACCCGGCGGACUUGGCCGCGGUGCGAACCUCUCAGCCCAGCGAGCCAAUUGAGGUGGAUGAUGCUGAGGUCUGA